ACCAUAACUGGGUUUGUGACCUCUCUCCGCCAAGCCGCCCGGUUCUGCAACUUCUCAGAGCUGGAGAACAUGCUUCGUGACCGCCUCGUCGGUGGCCUGAAGGAUGAGAAGCUGCAACGACGCCUCUACGCUAAGAAGGACCUAACGUUCCAGGUCGCUCUGGAGGAGGCCCUGGCAACGGAAGCUGCCGAGAGGUCGACGCAAGAGGCACGGCCGAGCCAGCCGUCCCAACCGAGGGUCCACCACGAAGACCUCACCGAUGACUCAGGAUCCGACAGGGAGGAGGUGCACCGAGUACAGCAGCGCACUCAAGCAGCCCACAUACCACAGCUGCCUCGACGAGGAGGGAACUGCGCAAGCUGUGGAGAAAGUCACGAGAGGAGGACCUGCCGUUUCCGCAACGCAGAGUGCAGGCAGUGCAGAAAAUUGGGACACAUCGCCCGGGUGUGUCGGGCUCGGCCCACCCGACGCCAGGCAUCAGAUGACCAAUCCAAGAGCCCCAGGUCCCGGGGCCCAACGCACCAAGGCAACUCGACAGAGCUCACGGACUUCCAGGUAUACCAGUUGCCUGAUUCCCUGGAAUUCUGUCUCCAGAAUGGAUCUAUGUCCACUCCUGGGCUGGAAGUGAGGAGCAAAGACUUGCUGGCUGCUUAUGGGUCUUGUGUCACAAGCUGA